GGGUGUCCCUCCCUGCCGCUGCCCUGUUUGUUUCAUUUAGCGGUGGGUGUCGAGCGGGACGGGGCCGCGCCGGGCGCGAGCGCCUGCGGCACAAUAGGAGCGGCUCCGCGGGCGGCAUCGCUGCGGGAGGAGGCAGAGCCCAUUCUGGUUUUGUCUAAUCUAGUUGUAACAGGCCAGCAGACAUGCUUUCUUUCCUUUCCGUUGUCCAGGCCGGUAGACCUCAUGGCCAGAAAGGUGCAGUAUAAAAGUAAAUGCUCUCUCGAUUAAAAGUUGCUGCCACUCCCUGUACAAUGGCGUGUCGCAGAGCGCAUACGAAAGAAAAAGGCAAGCCGCUGAUGUUAAACCCACGAACAAACAAGGGCAUGGCCUUCACAUUACACGAACGACAGAUGCUUGGGUUGCAAGGGCUUCUACCUCCUAAAAUAGAGACACAGGACAUUCAAGCCUUACGCUUCCAUAAGAACUUGGCAAAAAUGAGUGACCCCCUGGAAAAGUAUAUCUACAUAAUGGGAAUCCAAGAGAGAAAUGAAAAAUUAUUCUAUAGGGUAUUGCAAGAUGAUAUUGAGCGGUUAAUGCCAAUUGUAUAUACCCCAACAGUAGGCCUUGCCUGCUGCCAGUAUGGACACAUCUUCAGGAGACCAAAAGGAUUAUUUAUUUCUAUCUCAGACAGAGGUCAUAUAAGGACAAUUGUGAACAACUGGCCAGAGAAUGACGUUAAGGCUGUUGUUGUCACUGAUGGAGAAAGAAUAUUGGGUCUUGGAGACCUCGGUGUUUAUGGAAUGGGAAUUCCAGUAGGAAAACUGUGUCUGUAUACGGCGUGUGCAGGCAUACAUCCAGAUAAAUGCUUGCCUGUGUGUAUCGACGUUGGAACUGAUAAUACAACACUCUUAAAAGAUCCGUUUUAUAUGGGCCUGUACCAAAAAAGGGAUCGCUCGCAGGCCUAUGAUGACCUAAUUGAUGAAUUUAUGGAAGCCAUUACAGACAGGUAUGGCCAGAACACACUUAUCCAGUUUGAAGACUUUGGAAAUCACAAUGCUUUUCGUUUUUUAAGAAAAUACAGAGAGAAAUACUGUACUUUCAAUGAUGAUAUUCAAGGAACAGCUUCAGUGGCCUUAGCAGGACUGUUGGCAGCACAGAGAGCCAUUGGUAAACCACUUGCAGAGCAGAAAGUGCUGUUCCUUGGAGCAGGAGAGGCUGCCCUGGGAAUUGCAAACCUCAUUGUUAUGGCUAUGAUGGAAAGCGGUGUUUCUGCUGAGGAAGCCCACAACAAAAUAUGGAUGUUUGACCAGUAUGGUUUACUGGUUCAGGGCCGAGAACAGGCGGUGGAUUCCAAUCAAGAACCAUUUACGCACCAGGCUCCAGAGCAGAUGCCAAAGACAUUUGUAGAGGCAGUGAAUGUACUUCGGCCUUCGGCUAUCAUUGGAGUUGCAGGAGCUGGGCGGCUUUUCUCAGAAGACGUGAUCAAAGCAAUGGGCUCUAUCAAUGAGCGACCCAUCAUAUUUGCACUAAGUAACCCCACAGUGAAAGCUGAAUGCACAGCAGAGGAAGCGUACGUGUUAACAGAGGGACGAUGCUUGUUUGCCAGUGGCAGUCCCUUCGACGUGGUGACCUUGAAAAAUGGACGAACCUUCAAACCGGGCCAGGGAAACAAUGCUUAUAUUUUUCCAGGUGUGGCUCUCGCUGUGGUCCUCAGCAGUGUUCGACAUAUUAGUGAUAAGGUUUUCCUAGAGGCUGCUAAGGCAUUGACAGAGCAGUUGACUGAUGAAGAACUUGCACAAGGAAGACUUUAUCCUCCACUGUCUAAUAUCAGGGAAGUUUCUAUUAAUAUUGCUGUCAAGGUUAUGGAAUUUUUGUACGCAAACAACAUGGCUUUCCACUAUCCUGAGCCUGCAGAUAAGAGCCGUUACAUUCGAUCAAGAGUUUGGACCUACGAAUAUGACUCCUUCAUGCCAGAUGUGUAUGACUGGCCUGAGUCCAAGGUACAGUGAUGUGCCAGAAGAUACACUCCUCAGGCAGCAUAUUCUACUCUGCAGGGAUCCCUUUUUCAGACCAAUUUAAAUCAUGACUUUUGAGACUUGUAAUUUAUUUUCUCUCAUUUUGUUGUCUUUUUCCCUCUGCCUUGUUUUUGAUUUGACAUAGAUUUCUCCCCAUCUUCCCAAGUAUCUGAUGAACCAUAUGGGUGAUAGCAUCCGUCACAUAACUGAUAGAGCUCUCCAAAAUUAAUUUGAAUAAUGAUGUUGCAUUUCUAGCUUAGAGCCCUCACCACACUAAAGAAUUCCAAUAAUGAUGUUUUAGCUGCAUGCAUAUUAUAAUGAAUUAUAGCUCUCUCCUCACUGCUGAUUUCCAGAAUCAUUUAUUUCUGCUUUUAAUAAUCAGCCUUCUAUCUAAUUCUCCUGCUGUUGUCACACUGCAUUAUUUGUGACACCAUAAGAGAAUUUGUCAAGAAAAGAUCAGGACAGCUAAAGACAAAUCCGGCAGUCUAAUGGGCUGUUUUGUCUGAUGAUUAAAGAUGCACAUGUCCAGAUCUCCUUGCUUCGUUGGCUGCCCUGUUUUUUUUGAUGUGCUUUGAGGAGCAGUGGGGUGUGCACAUGUGGAAUCUGCAGCAAUAUUUGUAUUCUGAAUUUUCAUCACUGUGUGAAAUCUUCUAUCAGGAAAAAUAUGAACUAGUUGAAAUACAUCCUUGGAAAGUCUGAAAAUAGUAUUAAUCACUUAAUGACUUUAAAAAACCAAGCUACGCUGUUGUGUCAGAAAUUAUAUCAUAGAAAGGCAGAAUCUGAAGUAAUCUACAGAAAUCUUUUAGAGGGAGAACUGUGGUAGACUCCAAGGUGAUGUGCCAAAGGACUUUUGUUUCAUUUGUUUAUUUUUAAGGCUCUGUUUCUUCCAAGUAAAUCAGCAAGAUCGUUUUCUCCCUUUAGUUUGCAUAACUUUGCUUUCACAAAAGGACUUGUUUUUAAUGUUUUUAUGAUGCCACCGACUUGAGGGGCUCCUAAAUGAACUUAGUUGGCACUUUGAACAAAAGACUCUUCCCCCGCAAGCUGAUGAAACUAAACCAGAAGGUGCUACAGGCAGCUGUUGACACGCACAUUUACAGAAGUUUGACUGAAUGUUUCUUGUGAUCUCAGUUCAGCGUACUUGUAGUUUGAACACAAGAUCUAAUGCUUGAAAGAUCUAAUGCUUAGAAGUGGUAAUUUGAUCACUUGAUCCUCCCCUCUCCCUAUACAGGUUUAAAUUCUCCGGUAUUUUGUAUGAAAAUAAAAAUUGCUAGUUUAAUUUUGGCUCCAUUUCCUCGCAGUGAUAGUACUGCACAUGUGAUACAGAUAACACAAUGUGCAUUGCUUUUCAUUUUGUUCACAUCUGCUUUCAAUGCCCUUCAUUAUUUUACAUUAGCAUGCAACAACAAACUUUCAUGGUUACGGUCGAUGACUUCUCUAAAUCUAGUCUCUAUGAAAAGCCAUGGUAUGUCAGGAAUGGAAGUGAAGAUGAUGUACCCUCUCGUAGUUUGCUGUGUAAGACAAAAACCUGACAAAAGAAUAAAUAAAUACAUGUUAAAAAGUUGUACUGGCCAAAAAAAAAAAAACAUUUAAAAAAGGGUGUACUGGCAAACUUGAAGGCAGAAACCAAAGAGAUGAAGUAAAUCUUGCUCAGAAUUUAUCCAUCGCAAGCCUGUCUCAUGGCCUCAUACUGGAAAAUGCAGUCUCUUCAUAAGUAUGUAAAAUAGGGCCAAAAUAAAACAGAAAUACAGACUCUGCACCCCCUUAAAAAGAGCUGGUCUCAUGCUUAUUGCCUAGUCCCUGAUUUUAAUAUAAAGACUUAGUAGGGGAAAAAGGACAGUAAACUUUUGGAAGACUUCACCUAAGCAAGGAAAGAAGACUGAUUAUAUAAACACAGAAAGCAGUGACAUGGGGAAAAAACAACAUAUUCAAACUGGUGAAAAGCUGUCUGGUGGGGCUCUAGAUGCUACAUUGCCAAGUUGUGGUGUGAUUUAUGUGGUUUGCAACUUAUAUAUGUAAGUAUAUAUACAAAGAAAGACCAACACACACACAAUGUUUUUACAAAAAAUGCUUUUUCAUCUAUUUUUGCUAUGCUUAGUUUUUAUUGUAUUUAAAUGUGAUCUUACUGAAAAAUUAUUUGUUUAGUCUACAAAUUAUUUUUACCUUCUGAAAAUUCAGCUCUUGCUGAAGCAUGGACUGAAAGCCUGUUGUAGUGUGUCAGUGAGGUUCUGCAUCGUUGUGUUAAAGCAUAUCAGCAACGCACACCUCCUCACUUCUGACAAAAUAUUAAUUACGUAGAAGAGUAACAGAGAGAUCCCAUGCACUGAUCUUGUGCCCUGGCUGAGAGUGACCAGAGGCAGGGCAAUCGGCCAGUAAAUAUAACUCUGUUUUACAAAAGAAAGAUCUACAUCCAUCUAUUCAGACUGAUUUUUUUUUUUCAGGCAGUGAGUGCAGCCAUCACUUAGAGCGAACGGGCACUGACUGUACUCAGGGUUUCAGAACAUCUGGCAUUUGGGAAAACAGUAUUUCCUGCUCGCAACAGGGUCUUUGGUUUCCCAGAGGAAGCUGCCAAACAGACAAUUGGCAGUGGCUUGUGUCAAGGACAGGGAAGAUGCCUAUUUUGUGAAAUGCAGUUCUUUCUCCUCCUGAUGUGGGCUGCCUGCUGUCCCCUCUACGCAGAGGCCAAGAGGCAUUGCUCAGACCUGGCUGAUAGCGGGAUUUUCCUAGCUAUAAACGUUACUAGAUAAUUUUUAUGUAAAUCCCACUGCACAGGUGAGGAAAAACUUAGUCAUGUUUUUACUCCCAUCUUUGACUGACCGUGAGGCUCUGGUUACCUCUGGUCAUCCCCUCAUGUGGCCGUAGAUGUUCUCAAGGUCUGGAGUAGCACAGUCCUGAGUGUCUCUCCCUAACCUGUCCCAGUUAUAUCAGCUAAGAGGUCCCAGCUAGGCUUCAUCUGCCCGCACAUCUGUGUCCAUCAUGUAGUCAGGCUCUGCUGGUCAUCUGUAGCUUGAAACAGAGACACUGUAGGAUUUUGCCUUCAGCUUACAGCUAUUGUCUUCCAUUUGCAACAGGUAAUAUGUCAAAUCACAAACUUCUAAGUGUGUUUCACUCUUCCAUCUUUUUCAGAAUAUUUUUAAGUAUAUAGAUUCAUCUUCAGAUUUGAUGAACUCUUCAAAUCUAAUUAAUCUUUGAGUCAAUUAGCUAACUGUCAGUUGACAGUUAACUAAUUAAUUAACUGCUCAUCUUGCCACUUAGGAAGGAACCACAGUAUCCCUUUUGAUAGUCUACUUAAUGUGGUUUUUUUUUUUCUUUGCAGGCUUUAUCAAAAGCAUUUAUUAAUCUGUAUCAGUACAGAAAAUUCUCUUACGCAGCAUGCAAAGACAAAAAUCUUUCACCAGGAUGCAUUUUUGUAAUACUACAUAGUAUAAGUUAAGCUUAUAUUGUUUUUUGAAAAUUUUUGCCUAAACGAUGACUAGUGGUGUAGCUCUUCACACAGCCCUAGUGACUUUUGCCCUCUGAAUGGUGUAGAAAUGUCUUUCACGUCUCUUCUGUUAGGAUACUAUCCUGGAGGUACAGAACACUUCAGAGAAAAAUACUAAGCAUCAAAAACUCCCAUUGAAGUCAAUAGAGCUGAGGAUGCUUAGUCUUUUUCAGGACUGGUCCAAGACUUGCUCCCUUAAAAUCAACAGGAGCAGGGCUGGGUCUUUCAGCAGCGCAACGUACAGAAACAUCUAGGUGAGGAGAAGUGGGAAGUCUUUAAAAAGAAAAAUAGCUAAGAGAGUGUAGCCUCACUUUAUGAAAUAUGUGUACUCUCAUUCAAAGAUGUUAGAGGUUUGCGUAUUCCUGAAGCGUUUGCCAGUGUGCCAACAGCUGACACGUAGAGGAAGACUAUUAAAAAUGUAGUGUCUGAUAUAUUUAAAACCCAAAGUGUGACUUGCCACGUAAGUUCUUCUUGGAUAUGUUUGUUAAUGGUGAUGUUUCAUGAUGUUGUGUUUGUUUUCCAAGCUUAAAACGAAGUGAUGCUUUACAUGCAGACCAGCGUUCAACAGGUUUGCCUGCAGUAGGUGUGUGUGUUCUCUGUACUGUUUUUUCCAGCAUGCUGUUGUGCAGGAGGGGGUGAAGUAAUCCUAUGUCACGCCGUUGUGGUAGAAACUGUAAGUAAGGGAGAGAGACAAAAUACCUUGUGCUGUUUCAUUAGCAACCCUGUUUAGUGAAUACUCCUGUAGGAGAAUUGGGAUUAGUACUGCUGUACAGCUACAACUAUGAAUGUUAGUUCAGCUGACUCUGGAUUUAAUUAAAAUUCAAGUUGUCAUCUUUCAUCUGGGGCUUGUUCCAGCCCUCCUCGAUGUUAAAGGUGCAGAUGUUAGUACCUCUGAGAUUUAGAUGAAGUAAUCUACCAACUUUCAGGUAGGGACAGGAAGAACAAAACAGUUUGGGCUUCAUUUCUGCCUUGGCUAUAAAUGCUAUUCUUGAAUUCAGGAAGAAAACCACUGUCAUUUUAGGACUUUGUUUUAAAGUUGAUGCUCACUGUAACAAAGUGUACCAUUAUCCUGUUUUGUAACAAAUGUACCUAACACGCAAGGACUGGUAUAUUACGUUGAAUACUGGAGCAAGGAGAAAAUCUAGAGCAGAGCUCUAAUUAGCCCCAUUUGGCAGCUGAAUUUGAUUAACGCAAUUCAGUUGCCUCUGGUGAAGGGACAUCUAAUUCUGUAUGUACCUACCUUGACCUACCUACCUACUCUUGAAAUAUUAUGUUACCGUGGUACCAGCCUGCAGAUGUUCUCAGUGAAACACGAAGAAAACUCAGCACACUUCAGGCCUCUGCUUCCCGUCAUCGCUCCCCGAAGUGCAGCAGUCAGUGGUGGCACAGCUGGCUCGUGCCUGCUCCAGAGGGAUGAGUGCUAACAGCUAGAUCGCAUGUGGGGAAUUUGGUAUCUUGUGGUGUAGCAGACCAGGGCUAGGACUCAUUAAAACCUCUCUUGGGUCAGGUGUUCGACUUGCCGGCACUCAGAGCUCUCUCUAUGGUGUGCACAGACAUCCCACGCGCACAAAAUGGGCACUGGACUGGACUGAACGUAACCCUCCAAGUUCCUCAGGCUUUGACCCGUCCUUUAAAUAGCUCCUUUCUAAUAAAAAUGGAAAUAAAAAUACUUUUCAGACUACGCAAACAGAGCAAGUUUGUCAGUUUUUCAGGAAAUAAAAUGGCAAAAUCAUUUCUCUCUUAAGCGCAUCUGUCUUACACAAGUAAACAUAACUCUGUGUCGCAACGCUUGUGAGAACAAUUCCAGUCUAAUCUGUCUUGGGUUGACUUAAUCUAGGAGGGUCAUUGCUCAGCUGAAACUAAAAUUGUAUUUAAAUGUGAACCAAUUUUUUUUCUCCUUUAUAAUAUUGUAACUGUUGAAAUGUGUGUUCUGGUCUUCUAUUUUCUUAGUAAAAUGCAUUCUUUUUGCCUAAA